CUUUCCCAGGCAUCCCCGCGGACGCGUGGGUCAGGGUCCAUCAGCCCCGGAGAAUUUUGGGGCUGGGCCCUCUGCUUGCUAAUCUCGGGGAGCAUUCUCCUUUGACAGCCUAAUCUGUUCAGGUCCUCAUCUGUAAAACGGGCUGGAGAAGGAGAUGGCAAACCACUCCAGUACCUUUGCUGAGAAAACCCCAAAUGGGGUCACGGAGAAUCCAACACGACUGAACAACAAAAGGCCUGUGUGAGCGUUUGUACCCCGUUGUACGGCCGUGGGUCCCAGCCACCUCGGAGUGUCGGAGAUUUGCAGCUGGAAGGGACCCGUAGAAGCCACCUCGUCCAAUCCCUUCAUUUUACUGUGAGGAAACGGAGGUCCAGGGAGGUAGUAAGGGAAAAGGCAAGUUUUGAGCCCAUGUCCUCAGGCUUUAAACCACCACCCGGCUCAGGCCUCAACACCUCUCUGGAUUGGAAAUGAUUCGAGAUUUAUGUGAUGGGCAACUAGAAGGGGCAGAAAUCGGCUCAACAGAAAUAACAUUUACACCAGAGAAGAUCAAAGGUGGAACCCACACAGCAGAUACCAAGACGGCUGGGAGUGUGUGCCUGUUGCUGCAGGUCUCAAUGCCCUGUGUUCUCUUUGCUGCUUCUCCAUCUGAGCUCCGUUUGAAAGGCGGCACUAAUGCUGAAAUGGCCCCACAGAUAGAUUACACGUUGAUGGUCUUUAAACCAAUUGCUGAAAAGUUUGGUUUCAAGUUUGACUGUGAUGUCAAAAUGAGGGGCUACUACCCUAAAGGGGGUGGUGAAAUAAUUGUCCGAAUGUCACCAGUUAAACAGCUGAGCCCAAUAAAUUUAACUGAUCGUGGCACAGUGACCAAGAUAUAUGGAAGAACAUUUGUUGCUGGUGUUUUGCCAUUUAAAAUAGCAAAAGAUAUGGCAGCAGCAGCAGUGAGAUGCAUCAGAAAGGAAAUCAGGGAUCUGUACGUUAACAUCCAGCCUGUUCAGGAACCUAAAGAACAAGCCUUUGGCAAUGGAAAUGGAAUAAUCAUUGUUGCCGAGACGUCAACAGGCUGCUUGUUUGCUGGAUCAUCACUUGGUAAAAGAGGCAUAUCUGCUGACAAGGUUGGAAUAGAAGCUGCAGAGAUGCUCCUGGGAAAUCUGAGACAUGGGGGAGCUGUGGAUGAGUAUCUGCAGGACCAGCUGAUCAUUUUCAUGGCCUUAGCCAGUGGGGUCUCCAGACUGAAAACAGGACCAAUUACACUCCAUACACAAACUGCCAUACAUUUUGCUGAACAACUAACAAAGGCCAAAUUUACUGUGAAAAAGUCAGAAGAUGAAGAUGAUUCAUCUAAAGAAACUUACAUUGUUGAGUGCCAAGGAAUUGGGAUGACAAAUCCACAUUUGUAGGAUGUUUGCCUUUUUUAAUGAUACCUCAGUGAUGGAUUGCACUAACUUUCAGUUGAUAAAUAGUACAUGAUGGUGAAUGGGGAGUAAUUUAUCAAAUGAAUGAGCUUAACUUUAGAAGUGCAGAGUAUUCUUGGUUUGUUUAGAAAAGCUUUACCUGAUAAAUCUUUCCAUGAAUGUUUACUGAGAUGUGUAUAAUGAACUGUUAAAAUUCAAAGACAAAUGCUUGAGACUGGAAAACUAAUUUCUGUAUGAACAUCUUGAAAUGAAGCCUGCAUUUCACCAAAAAGAUGCGUGCUUUGAAAUGGUUCCUUUCUAUGCUAUAACUCCUAGGCAUGGGAAUGUCUCCUUAAUUAACUUGUAUCCAAUCUCUGUAUCCACUUUACUGAAAUCUCAUCUAAAGAAUACUAAUAAAGCAAUUCUAGGCAAAUGAA